AGAUAUCUCGAGGCAAAGCCAAAUUAAUAAAUUAAAACAUAAGCCACAACAAUGUUGUCUAUUCUCUCUUCUCUUUUAUCUCUCCUUUUUCUGUUUAUCAUCUCUUGUUUCUUCAUCACAAGCCAUUUUUGGUUCCCUCUUUCCUUGCCAAAAAUACUCGGAUUCAUCAAAAUCACAUCUUCGAGAGACGAUUAUGACAACGAGCAACGUGACGAGGGAACUUAUGUGGUAGGAGUGGAGGAGCUACAAAGAGAGCUGAUGCCAAGACAUGUGGCAGUGAUAAUGGACGGAAACCGGAGAUGGGCCAAACGGGCCGGAUUGCUGACGUCACAAGGCCACGAGGCCGGAGCUAAACGGCUUAUAGAGUUCUCCGAGCUUUGCUUUAAAUUGGGGAUUCAUACAGUUUCAGCUUUUGCCUUCUCCACAGAGAAUUGGGGAAGACACAAGAUUGAGGUUAAGUGCUUGAUGUCUUUGAUCCAACAUUACCUCAAGUCCAAGAUCCAAUAUUUCCAAAGAGAGGAAACUCGAGUUUCUGUUAUCGGGAACCUAACGAAGAUCCCUGAGUCUCUCCUCCGAACAGUCCAAGAGAUAGAGGAAGCUACGAGAAGCUAUAAGAAGAAGCAUCUCAUAUUGGCAAUAGAUUACAGCGGGAGAUUAGACAUCUUGCGAGCUUGCAAGAGUAUUGUGAAGAAAUCAGAAAAAGGGUUGAUCCGAGAGGAAGAUGUAGACGAGGCAUUGAUCGAAAGAGAGCUUCUGACAAAUUGUACUGAGUUCCCAAGUCCUGAUCUAUUGAUUAGGACAAGUGGAGAACAGAGGAUUAGUAACUUCUUCUUGUGGCAACUUGCUUAUACAGAGCUCUUCUUCUCGCCGGUCCUUUGGCCUGAUUUCGAUAAGGAUAAGCUUCUAGAGGCCCUGGUUUCGUAUCAGCGCCGGGAAAGACGAUUUGGCUGUCGGGUUUGAUCCUCUGCUCCGCUCUGUUCUGUUAUGUUCAUCUGAGAUUUCUAUCAAACUACUUGUUCCACAGUCAGAGAUCAUUAUGCUGUUGUAACUUUAUGUCGGUAAAUUGAAAAUUUGCUAAUAAAAAUCAGCGGUUAC